AUGACGUUGCUAUUUUUAGCCCUGUGUUUAGCAAGGAAAUCUGGUUACCGUGAGAUCUUGGCUCAAGUGGAUCUCGAACCCUCGUCUCCGGUACCCAAAUCAAACAGCACCUUACAACCCGCGCCAAAUAUCCCGUCCACCGGCCAACUGGGGAGCCCGGCUCAACUGCUCAAGGAAGCUGGUUGGCCAGUGGUCGACUGGCCGGCCUCGGCCGAAGACCCUUCCCUCGGUUCCACGUUUCCAGAAGAAUCCUGGCCAAGUGAGAACCUUUUUCACAGCGCUGACGUCUCGGAAGACACGCAGCCCGUGGAAAGUGCACCGGAGGAGGAGAAACGGUUCAUGAAAGGCUUGAAAUUCAACGAUAAAAGAUUCAUGCGCGGACUAAAGCGGGACGCCGACUCGAAUUUCAGCGAAGACAAAAGAUUCAUGCGGGGUUUCAGGAAUUUUGACGACGAUUUCUCAGAAAGUGAACUGGUUGAUAAGCGCUUUAUGAAGGGCUUUCUGCCUUACGAUAAGCGCUUUAUGAAGGGCUUUCUAGCAUACGAUAAACGUUUCAUGAAGGGCUUUCUACCAUAUGAUAAAAGAUUUAUGAAGGGCUUUCUACCAUAUGAUAAAAGAUUUAUGAAGGGAAUUGCGCCUUAUGAUAAACGAUUUAUGAAAGGAUUCCUACCAUAUGAUAAGCGCUUUAUGAAAGGAUUUAUUCCUUAUGAUAAGCGCUUUAUGAGAGGAUUACGAUCAGAUUCAGACGAUUUCUCAGACGACAGCAGCGAAGAAAAAUACUUUGUGCCUCGAUUAGAUGACGAUUACCCAACUUAUGACAACGUCGACCCAACUAAUCCACUAACGACCGGCCCGAUGGAUAAAAAAUUUAUGCGCGGAUUAAACAAACGAUUUAUGCGAGGUCUAAGCAGCUUUGACAAGCGAUUUAUGCGCGGCUUAACGAAAAGAUCAGCCUCACCUAUCUCGUAUCUCCCCACAGAUGUCUCAUCUAACGAACUCAGCGAACAUUACAAGAUGGAUUACGACAACGAAAACACCGGCGACAAACUCAUGUACCCCGACAGCGCAGAGAAGCGGUUCAUGAAAGGAUUCCACUCGUACACGAAAAAAUUUCUCCCAGGCGGCACCGCGUCACAGGAAUCGGAGUACACACUGGAUAAAAAAUUCAUGCGCGGAUUACACAAAAAAGAUGACGCGUUCGGCGGCGACGAGGAAAAAAGGUUCAUGAAAGGGUUGGUAAAGAGAGACGACGAUGAAAACGUAAUCGACGAGGACAAGAGGUUUAUGAAGGGGUUGGUUAAAAAAAACGAUGAAGAGGAUCUAGAACUAGUUUCACACAAAAUCCCGGUGACUGAGUUUAAAUUUUUUUCUAAGAAUCACACUAAUGACGAGUCGCUUAAUGAAGAUAAACGAUUUAUGCGAGGGCUGGGUAAUUAUGCCAAGCGGGACAAUGAGGUUACUGACGAAGAAAUUAAUGGCUCUGAAGAUAAAAGAUUUAUGAAGGGGCUUGUUAAAAAGGAUAACGAUAAAAGAUUUAUGAAGGGGCUUGUUAAAAAAGAUGACGAUAAAAGAUUUAUGAAGGGGCUUGUUAAAAAGGAUGACGAUAAAAGAUUUAUGAAAGGGCUUGUUAAAAAGGAUGACGAUAAAAGAUUUAUGAAGGGACUUGUUAAAAAAGACGACGACAUCGAAAUUAACGAUAAGCGUUUUAUGCGUGGUUUGAUAAAAAAAGAUUUCGAUGAUGAAAUGGACGAUAAGAUGGACGAUAAAAGAUUUAUGCGAGGCCUAGUGAAAAAAGAGGAAGGGGGCGACGAUUUCGUCGAUGACAAGCGAUUUAUGAAAGGGUUGGUUAAGAAAAGUGAAAACGACUUGGAAGAAGAAAAACGAUUUAUGCGAGGUUUAAUUAAAAAAGACGACGACAAACGGUUUAUGCGAGGGCUCAUUAAGAAAGACGACACAGAUUACGACCACGACGAUAAAAGAUUCAUGAAAGGGCUAAUAAAAAAAGACGACAAAGAACCGGACGACAAGCGGUUUAUGCGCGGACUGGUCAAACGUGACGUCACUCUACACCGCAGCAGACGAGACAUCAACUUCCGUAACUUCGAUACCGACGGCAUUCUUGAAAAACUCGCCGAAGAAUACGCAAAUUCCGGACAAAUCCCGUGGAACGAUUUCUUCAGAAAAGUCAAUGCUGACGAGCAACCCAUGGAUUCCAUCAGAAGCAAGAAGAGGUUCAUGCGAGGGUUUGACGAGUUCUUGAGCCGAGACUACGAACCCGGAAGUCCUGACGACGACGAGGUAGAAGAAGACGACAAUAACGACGACCAUUCAGAAGUCGAUAAACGAUUCAUGCGCGGGUUUCAUUUCUACGACAACGACGACGACACGCAAAAACGGUUUCACAGCGGGCUGAACAGGUACGCUCCUACACGCAACGCCUACGGUAAAAGAUACAACAUCGGCGGUCAAAUUUCCAGGUACAACGGAAACGUACAGAAACGUCGUGUUCCGGACUUUGACGAUUAUUCCCGACACGCCACGAAAAGAUUUAUGCGCGGACUGCGAUACUAUCGAGACGAAGACGAAGAUGAUUUGAUCAACGACAAGCGCUUCAUGCGAGGUCUGGGUAACUUCGAGAAAAGAUUCAUGAAAGGCCUCCAUCAUUUCGAAAAACGAAGCGCCCCCCAGUUUCAGAACCACAGCGUACACUACAAGACAGGUUCGAACUCCGAAGAGCCGUCACCGCCCCAUUUAACGAACUCUGAAUCGUCUAAACUACCACCACACUUACACCAACCCGGAAAUGGGUUGGAAUUUCAUAAAGCCUUGCAGGAUGUCAACCCUAUUUCGGGUUGAGAGGGUCAUCCAUUUGUGUAGUCUUUAGGAACUAGUUAUCAGCGAGAUGUUGUGUCUUGUAAAAAAAAAUGUCCAAUCGCUGAUGUUGGAGUGAGCAGUUAAUCUAAAAAUAACAUCAGGUUCUAAAAAUGUGUAAGCUGUAAAAUUUCAGACUUUUGUUCGUGAAGCUGAUUCUAUUUUGUUACACCUGUUUCCGGUAGAGAACACCACCACC